UUAACAGUAUUUUAUAUGAAGCUCUAUCAAUAAAGAUUCUUAUAUUAUGUAAAAAUGAAGCUAUUUACUGACUUACCUGAAGUUGUUUGCACAUCAUGGGAUUUAUGUCUGACAAGAAAAAAGUGAAGCUUGACUUUGUUCUCAAAAGUUACUCGUCUACCUCAAGAUAACUUUAAAUUCUUGUAAAGAUCUUUAUUAUUUGCUUGUUUGUGGAUUUACCUGGGCAACCGUUUGAAAAUAUGGGAGUACUCAAGAUAAUCUUCUACCUCAUUCUCAUUUAUUCAUUUAUUGAACCUCUCACUUCCAAUGAUUUGCCCAAGCUCCUGCUUGGAAAUCGUGCAAACAUUCAACUCCUCGACGCGGCCAAUCCAACUGAUGUUGAAUUGAUAGUAGACGAUAUUGACUACACAAUGUCAUGUGAUUAUAUUUACUCAGAUAAUUUGAUAUUUUGGAUCGAUUCAGCAGCUGGACAGGAUAAAAUACAAUCAACUUUCACGAAUGUAAGUUUUGAAAAUCGGAUAAAAAGAAACGUCAUUACAACUGGACUUGUACGUCCUGAUGGACUUGCUUGUGACUGGAUAAGUAAAAAAUUAUAUUGGACAGAUGAUGAAACCGAUCGCAUCGAAGUCAGUGACAUAAAUGGCAAGAUUCGUAAAGUUUUGGUCUGGGAUCAGCUUGAUCAACCAAGAGCAAUUGCAGUUGACCCAAUUAAAGGCUACAUGUAUUGGACCGAUUGGGGAGAGAAUCCGAAAAUAGAAAGAGCUGGGAUGGAUGGAUCGAACAGAAUAUCAUUGGUAGAAAGAGAUGGCAUUUAUUGGCCAAAUGGUCUCACUCUCGAUUACGAUGAAGACAAAAUUUAUUGGGUUGAUGCCAAUUAUCAUUAUAUCAACAGGAUGAAUACUGAUGGAACAGGAAGGGAAGUCGUGGUCAGUAAUGGACCAACCAAUAGUGGUUCCAAUUCUGGCAAUUAUGACAGUGAUGUCGACAUCUUAGUUGGUUCCCUGCAACACCCAUUUGCAAUCACACUUUCCGGAGAUCGAAUUUACUGGACGGAUUGGAGCACUCCUCUCUCUAUUCAUUCUGCUGUUAAAAACGGGAGUGGUCAGACGACUGUCUUGCAAGACAAUAUCAGCCCUUUGAAUGAUAUUCAUUCUUAUGGACCCCAUCGACAGAAACAAGGCCGAAAUCCAUGUGGAAAAAAUAACGGUGGCUGCUCACACUUGUGCCUGAUCUCACCCAAACAUCCAUAUUACACAUGUGCUUGUCCUACUGGUGUAAAAUUGCAGUCUGAUGGGAAAACUUGUAAUGAUGGUCCAGAAAGUAUUUUACUGCUCGCCCGUCGGCCAGAUUUACGAGUGAUUUCGCUAGAUACUCCAGAUUAUACAGACAUCGUCGUGCCACUGCAAAACAUCAAAUAUGCGAUAGCUGUAGAUUAUGAUCCAGUCGAUGGAUUCGUUUACUGGAGCAAUAUUUUGAAGAAAGCAAUAUACAGAGCUAGACUCAAUGGCUCAGACGAAGAAAAAAUCAUAUCUGAUGAAAUUGAACAGUGUGAUGGUAUUGCUGUUGACUGGGUAGCAAGGAAUUUUUAUUGGGCUGAAGCUGGUAGAAACUACAUCGCUGUGUCGAGAUUAAACGGGACUUCUAGAAGAGUUUUAAUUGAGGAGGGCAUUGCUAAUCCAAGAGCGAUAGCCCUUGACAUUGGCAAGGGACAAAUGUAUUGGAGUGAUUGGGGCGACCCCAAGAUAGAAAGAGCGUCAAUGGAUGGAACAGAUCGAUAUGUUUUUGUUAAUACAUCUAUUCAAUGGCCAAAUGGUCUUGCAAUCGACCACAAAAGAGGAUUACUAUAUUGGGCCGAGGCAUAUUUAGAUAAAAUUGAAGUUAUUGGAUUAAACGGUUCAGGCAGACGUGUUUUACUUGAAGAGAAAAUUCCUCAUAUAUUUGGUUUCAGCUUACUAGAUGAUUACCUUUAUUGGUCGGAUUGGGAAAAGAGAAAAGUGGAACGAAUGCUCGUUAAUGAUAAAAGAUCUCGUCAUUCUAUGAUCGAAGAAUUACCUGAUCUUAUGGGAAUAAAAGCUACGCAUAUCCAUCCCUCUAAGUUAACUAAUCCAUGUGCCAAUAAUAAUGGAGGUUGUUCUCAUCUGUGUCUUUACACGCCAAAGGGUCCAAGGUGCCAAUGUCCUAAUGGACAAGAACUUUUAUCUGACAUGCGAAAUUGCAUUGAGCCAGAAGCUUUCUUGUUUUUCACUUUGGCAUCUGCCGGCGUCAGAAGAAUAUCUCUUGAAACCGCAUUGAAAGGAAGUAUCCAAGUUCCUUUUCCACAGCAUGUUGAUGCCAUACAUCUCGAUGUUUCAGUAGAUGACAACACCAUCUAUUGGACUGAUAAUGACAAGAAGCAAAUAUUUCGUGCUUCUAUGAAUGGAACAAACGUUCAGAGUGUUGUAGACCAGGGUGCCAGCACACUGGAAGGAAUUGCUGUAGAUUGGCUUGGACGUAACAUCUACUGGGCAGAUUCACUGACCAGUCGCAUAGAAGUUGCCAGAAUGGACACUACCAGUCGUCGUCCAAUUGUAUUGAAUGAUCUGGAUUUUCCAUCCAGUGUUGCAGUGGAUCCAGUCAAUGGGUACAUCUACUGGUCAGAGUGGGGUAGGCAGCCUAAGAUUCGACGAGCUCAUAUGGAUGGGUCGCAUGUUACCACUCUUCUCGGAAAUGGUGAAAUAGGUCGAGCAAAUUCCUUAACCAUAGAUUACGAGAACAAACGUCUAUAUUGGGUCGACAUUGAUGCUAAUGUAAUAUAUUCAUCAAAUAUGACGGGACAAGAUAGAUUGUCAAUAUUUUCAAGUGUCGAUAAAGCAAUCUUCAUAAUGACAUUAUACAAUGACUAUAUUUACUGGACAAAAGGCAAUUCCAUCGAGAGAGCCAACAAAACAAAUGGAGCAAACAGGCAACUCAUUCAGGAAGUCACACAUGGAGAGGAAAUCCAUGAUAUGUUGGUUUAUCACACAUCAAGACAAACUGGUGUUUCAGCUUGUUCUCAUGCAAAUGGUGGAUGUGAACACAUAUGUCUAUCUGUACCUGGUGGAACUCAUCAAUGUACCUGCACAGCACAUUACAAAUUGAAAAAGGAUAAUGUCUCUUGCAGUGCACCAGAAACGUUUCUUCUGUUCAGCCAAGAUAGAUACAUUAGUAGAGUAGUACCGAGUCGACAAAAUCCAGAUCCUGCUGCAGUUUUACCUAUUCGUAAUCUUGGUCAUGUGAUUUCUAUUGAUUAUGACCCAAUUGAAGGAUACGUUUAUUGGAUUGAUCAAACUCUCGGAGAAAUAAAAAAGUCAAGAAUGAAUGGAAGUGAAGUUACAACUGUUCUAUCCAACAACAAAUCAAAUCAUCAUCCGUAUGACUUGGCUAUCGAUCCAUUUGGGAAAUAUUUAUUCUGGACGGAUAGUUAUAAUAAUACAAUAAAUAUUAUGCAACUGGAUGGCACAAUCAUUGGCACAAUUGUUGAAAAUAUGGUUCGAAUCAAUGAGAAAAGAAAAUUUAUCAGACCGAGGAAAAUUGUAGUUCAUCCAACCAAUGGUAAAAUAUUCUUCAGUAGUGAAUGCCCAUCAGAUGAUGAUUCAUGUCGUACCUCGAUAAUUUGUGCUGAUUAUGCAGGAAGAGAAGUUAUUUCUAUAAUUGAUCGAGGUAUAGACAGGGUCACUGGUCUAGCGAUUGAUCAUGAUGCAGAAAGAUUAUAUUGGUCUAAUGUUGGUUUGCAAAAAAUCGAAGUGAGCGACUUGAACGGGAAUCAUAAAAAAUCUUAUCGUGACGAUGUAAGCAAACCUGGAGCAAUUACUAUCCUAGGAUCAAAUGUAUAUUGGGUGGAUGAAACUGUUGGAGCUACGGCUGGUUAUCAAAUUGUUACAGACAAGAAGUCAGGACAUUCAAAAGUUCUUCUAGGAAUGAUGGAAGAACUAAACGACAUUGUUGGCGUGACAAGUAUUUCAAGAAGAGAUUUUGCUCAGCAUCCGUGUACCAAAAACAAUGGAGGAUGUUCACAUAUCUGUAUUGGAAAAGACGACGGAACAAACAAAUGUUCUUGCCCAAAGCAUCUAUCCUUGAUCGAUGACUUCAGCUGUGGCGAGUCCAGCACUUGUAAAGCAAGUGAUUUUAUUUGUUCGUCUCAAGGUAGUGAUAAACCUUGUAUUCCUGCUAAUUGGAGAUGUGACGGAGAAGAAGACUGUUACGAUGCUUCUGAUGAACAAAACUGUCCACCAUGUGAUUCUCCAGACAAAUUUCAAUGUGGUACCGGAAUGAGUGCAGAAGACGCUAGUCAGAUCUUAAAUAUAGUACCUUGGACUGACAUUGGUGCCAAGCAAUGUAUUCCCGUCGGCGAACAAUGCAAUGGAAAAGCCGAUUGUAUCGAUGGUUCAGAUGAACGGAAUUGUCCUUGUGCAGAGAACCAGUUUACAUGCAACAACAGACAUUGUAUUUCCAACAAACUGAAAUGUGACGGAGUUGAUAAUUGUGGAGAUGCCUCUGAUGAAGAUUGCCCAAAUACAACAUUAUCACCUGGUUCAUUACAUGACUCCACUACUUGGAUUAUUGCUGUUAUCAGUGUUGUUUGUAUCACAGCUAUCAUUACUGUAAUCGUUAUCAGCUUCAGAAAAAGAAAGGUAAAGUCAAGGAAUGAUAUGCAUGGAAACGAUAUGCAUGUCAUGUACACAGCUCGCUCAUUGGGAGGAAUCCAAGUCAAUGUUGAAUUCAAUCAUGGCGAUCAUAUUGCUCAAGUUGAUCAUAGUGGAAACACAUCACAUUCAGCAAAAGCUCAAAAGAAGGGAUCCGGUCACUCAACUGCUUCAGUUAAUUUUUCUAUUGGGCCGAGGAAUCCUGAGGGGGCUGCACCAAUCGUCGAUGCUCGUUUGCCCCAACCUCAUCACCCUAUUCUUCCUGGUCCACAGUUGGGACCUUAUGGAACAAUGCGUUAUGCAAGUACUUACAAUAUAAGUGAUCACAUGAUGCUUCCUCAGUUCCAGAAACGACCACAUAUUACUGGUGCUUCAUCCAGUAGUUCAAGUAGUAGAACGAAUAAGCAAUACUUGCCGACACUCAAUCCACCUCCAUCACCAGCAACAGACAGAUCUGGGUCAAAAAGUGCAGGUGAAUGUCAAUAUUCAUCUGAUAGUCCUUCUACCAGAACGGCUGCUUCAUACUACAGAUGCCGAAAUGGUCACAGGCAUAGCAGGAGAAUGUAUCACCACCAUGCUUAUAUGCCUGCACCCCAUCCAACUCCUUGCCCAUCUGACUCGUAUGACGAUUGUUCCUACCACAGUGGCAGUGGCAGAGAAUUCGAUACAUUGAGUAGGAGGAGUAAAUCUGGCGGGGCACCCACAUCUCCUCCACCACCUUAUUGCCACUUCUAUCACCACAUGUGUGUUCCUUAUAUGGGCUAUAAUGGGGGUUAUCACCCAUAUAUGCCACCUUCUUCGUAUCAUUCAUCCCAUCAUGGGUACAGGACCCCACCUUUGGGACACGAACCCCACCAUCAUUCAUCAUCAUCUUCCGGGUCCACAAGACUCAACCCACAAGAAUGCAUGGGGCCAUGUUGUAGACGGCAGACCGGUAGACACUACCAUUCUUCUUCACGGAAAGGUAGUAGAGGUAUGUCGUCUCAUCGACAACCGCCUCGCUACAACGCAGUGCCCUUUGAAAUGAACAGUGACUCUGAUCCGUUCGCACCACCCCCUACACCUCGCAGUCACUACAUGUCCGAUUAUUGUUGCACUCACGAUGAGGCAGAGGACAACCAGGAUGAUGAUCCUACUCGAUUUGUUAAUCAAUUAGAGGAAGAAGUAGAAGAUGACGAUUCUAAAGAUACAGAUCCUCUUAUUAAUAAGGAUCCGACAUCUGAAAACAAUGAUGAUGCGUCUGUUCAUCAACAACUUCUUAAAACUAAGUGUGAACCAGCUGAUGAGGGAGAGGUUUUCCCCUCACCUCAAGAUGACAACUCCUCUCCAAACGUAGAGGAGAAAGCAGACGAACCUCUUAUUCAAUCAGAUCCCUCAAGGUCAUCUUCAUCAAAUACUGAACUUGAUUAUCCAAUUUUUGAUCCCCCACCUUCCCCGGUAACUGAUUCCUCAUAGUAACUAUAUUCUGUAGUUGUUUGUUAAAUUUUAACAAUUCCAGUUGACAAUUAUAUAUAUAGCGCAUGAUUGCCACCAGGUAUAUUCAUGUCGAUAUACAAAUCGAAUCGAUUCCAACUCAAUAUUCUUUUUUUCAAAUUGGUUGAAGAUGUCUUUUCUUUACCUUAUUUUUUAUCAAGUUUGAUUUUUUUUGUAAAUGAAAUAAUAAAAUAAUGUUGAAAUCUCUUUCUGGCGAGUACUUUUGUUAUUUUUCUACUAUUACUUUCACUCUUUUCUUUCAUGUUAACAUAUUCUUGUAAAAUUAAAUGCCAUUUUAAUAAGGUUCAUGUGAUAGUGCCAUCAUUUUAUAGUUGCCUUCUUGUUAUUAUGUUUUAAGGUUUAACCUUUUAUAAGCCUUUGAUUGUCAUGAUAACUUUAGUGUUAGUUUGAUGCAUUAUUUCGAAAAAUUGUGAAGUUUUCUUUUUUUUUAUGCUUUGUGCCCCAGUCAAUAGAUGUGCAUUUUAGAUUUGUAACAGAAAACGCCAAAAACGGUAACUUUUAAUGUUGCAUGUGUGAAUGUGUUUAUACCUCAUUGAAAGCUUUUCAAACUAAAAUUGGGAAUAUUUCAGCGUUUUUUAUUAAUUUUUCAUUUCACAGGUUUUCCUUCUCCUAACUAAUAAAUCUCAUUAUGCAUGUUUUACAAUGUAAGAUCUGAAGCACAAUGUCAAGCACGAAGUCAGUCACAACGAUAUGUUAUGUUGAGGCGAUCUAUGACUAUCAGUGUUGCUAAGUCCCAAUAAAUAAAUUUGAGAUGGAAUAACUGUAUGGAUAUCUUCACGUUAUUAAUAAUUCAUUACUAUCAACUGUUUAUCAAAGUUAUUGCAAAUAUUUUAGUGAGUUAUACGAAUCUUAUUUUCAUACAAUUUUUGAAUUUAAACAUUAUAGAGUGUAGAGAGCAUUAUAGAGUGUGCCAGUUGUGUCUAUGGUUUAUAUCUAACAGUCUUAUUGGCUAUUAUCUUUGAGCUUCGGUUUGUAUUAUAAUGAAAGGGUAGUUUUGUUGUAUUCUAUAAAUAACAUUGAAUUGAUAAAAUGGUUGCACCAUUUUUUACUUUACCUAUAUCACCCACUCUGACCUCCGUUUAUUUUAUUUUACGAUUGUGAUUCAACAUAAUAUUAAAGAUUUGUUUCUGCCAUUUUUAUUAUAUUAUGAUCGACCAUUGGCGCCAUUCGCAUGUUUCAAGCGGGAACUAAUAUGCAUCUGAACAUUGCCAAGACCGUUGCCACCAAGACAAAUACGAACCUAAACCUUUAAUUCCCAAAUCCAUACAAAUUUUAAAUAUAGGGAAGAUCAGUAGUCCAAAACUUGCAGAAUUUUCACAAAUUUUUUUUUUUUUCGAAAUAGGUAACAAUUUUUUAAACGAUUUUUCCUGGGUGUUCCAGGGAAACAACAUUUUUGUGAAAAAUCGCUUAAAAAAAUAUUGUUACCUAUUUUAAAAAAAAAAAAAUUGUGAAAAUUCUGCAAGUUUUGGACUACUGAUCUUACUGUUUCCAUUUAGGUAAGGUAAGUCAUUCGAUAACAGAUCCUCAACAAAACAAAAUUUUUGACUUUAUAACCCAUUUUCUCGUUUAUUUGUUUUUAUUAUUUUCAUGGUUUGAUUCUUGAGUUUUAAAAGCAUUUUAUAAAUUGUAUAAAUAAUGGUUUUAGUUUGCCGUCAUUGUUGGUCCUUUUUUACGCGUGCUUGUUUAUUUGUUUGUUUGUACUUGUGUGUGAUUGUUCGUAGAUUGUUUUUCUGAUUGAACAUAAAGUGACUUUUUGAAUUAA